GCAGCACAGACCGCCGAUGACAAAUUUAUCAUCGCCACUACGCAGUAAACGUCCAAACACAGUAAUCACUACACUGAGCUAUAAAAAAACUUGCAAAAAUCAUCGCGCGAGUGAAUUUCAGGAAUAAUUUUAACUACAAAGUUGGGGUUACGUUAUGUAAGAAUGAAGUGAUUAUUUAGCGUACAUAGAAAAUCUCUCCAGACGUUUUACAGUGGAAACUAGUGACAAACAGUGAUACAUAGGAACGUGAGGAUAUUUGUGGGCGAUAUCUUGGAAAAUAACGCGUCCUCAAAGCGUCGAGACGUGGAUGUAAUUUUCUUGAGAAAUUGUGAUGCAAUCUAACUUUGUUUCGAGAACGGCAAAUGCCCUGGGCGUUGUGUCGCGAUGAAUUUCAUCAUACAUAAAUAUGGAGAGGUACGUAUCCCCAAGAUGAAGUCACUGCUGAGAUUUUUUUCUCCAAAAAUAUCAUAUUUUUCCCGUGAGUCAAAAUCAUUGUUUGUAUACGUAGUUACUUAGUACGUGAUAAAUUCGUGAUUCUCCUGGGACCUGGAUUUGGGGUCAGGACAAGUUCUACGAAAGCUUCUCCUAAUCCAAAAAUCUUUGUCAAAAACUUACUGCGUUAUCUGGAUCAUCGUCAGACCUUGGGUUAAGGUAACAACAAACUUUAAAGCCCGUCGCCACUUUAAGAGCGACUUACGUCACCAAGCAUUUACACCUACCUGAGGCUUUAAUGCUCCAAGUUUAAUUAAACGAGGAGCGAAGACAAAGGGACUCGCUGUAGCAUCAUUUAAACGUGCUGUUUAACGAACGAGAGAAACGCAGAAGCUAUGCUGGUGACUGCAGGAGUGAAUUUUGAAAAUUACCUACUUGGAGGGUGGCUUACUUUUUUAUCUCAAUAUUUUCAUUACCAUGCGCCACGUUAACGAACUAACAAGGACCCCCUGGUAGUUUUCCGAUUAAUCAAGCCUCGUGUUGCGUGUUGAGAGACCACAAAUAUCCGGUUCGAGAUGUCAACCGUGGCUAUGGUUAAUUAUAAUUAACAUGUGUGGAAUGCGUACGUAAUUGUACAGCAAAAAAGCACGUAAGCUUUGUUAGAUUCGGUGUAAAGUCGCACCGCAAAAGAGUGAACAAUGGCAAUGAACAGGGUGGAGUCGAAGUAGCAGGCUGCAGGCACUGGAAGUGAGCAAGGGUGUGAGAGUGAAAAAGAAAGUGAGAAGACCAGGAGGGUGGUACGGGGAUAGAGUGAAGGAGAAAGAGAGAGAGAGAGAGAGAGAGAGAGAGAGAGAGAGAGAAAGUAAAAGUAUAAAAGAAAGAGAAAGAGAGUGGCUGGAAAUUUGGAGCUGUAAAAAAUGAGCGUGAAGGGAAACAGAUUGGAAAUAUGUCGAAUAACGUGGAUAGUAGCACUCCUGAUGACGACCCUUGGCCAAACGGUCCAGCGCUGUCCACCCCAUGGUGACAUUGCACCGUGUUCAUGCUCGGUCAAAAAAUACGGCCUGGACAUCCUCUGCGAGUUCACAGAUCCAUCACACAUCAGCAACGCCAUGAGUGCCCUAAAGAAGAAUUCAAACGCCGUGAUAUUCUACCUGAAACUUAGGCACAACACGUUACCGAAGCUCCAGAGUUUUGUUUUCCUUGGUCUGGAUAUUCAUCAUCUGUCCAUACACAACAGUAGCCUAGCAGUGGUGGAGGAAACGUCCCUUAGCUCGAUCGGAAAGAGCCUGACGCAAUUGGACCUCUCUCAAAAUUCACUGGCAGCCGUUCCUUCGCCGGCACUCAAAACCCUACACCAUCUUCUCAUUCUGAACUUCAACCAUAACAAGAUUACUGCCCUCCAUGGACGAGCUUUCGAAGGUCUUGACACUCUGGAAAUUCUCAGUUUCUAUGAAAACAAGAUCUCCGUUAUCGAACCUGAUGCUUUCAAGGGUCUGGACAAUCGCAAGCUCAAACGACUAAAUCUUGGAGGGAAUGAAUUGACGAGCAUACCCACGUCCGCUUUAUCCACAUUGAACAUGCUGAAGAAACUGGAGAUACAAGAGAACAGGAUCACGCGUAUACAGGAAGGUGAUUUUGAAGGAUUAAAAAGCUUAGACUGGUUAGGGCUGGCCCACAAUCAACUGCGAGAAAUUCCGGCUCGUGUGUUCUCCCACUUGACGCAGUUAAACUCCCUCGAGCUUGAUGGAAAUCAAAUUACACACGUGGAUCCCGAUGCCUUUAUUGGAUUGGAGGAAAAUCUGCAAUAUCUUCGACUGGGUGACAACAAUUUACACGCAGUGCCGAGCGACGCUUUACGACGUCUCCAUCGUCUCCGUCAUCUUCAAUUGCGUGCGAACAAUAUAACAGUACUAUCGGACGACGCCUUUAAGGGAUACGGAGACUCCAUCACGUUUCUUGAUCUUCAGAAGAAUCUAAUCAAGGUCCUGCCGCCGAUGAUCUUCGAGUCUCUCAGCUCCCUGGAGUCGUUGAAUCUGCAGAAUAAUAAAUUGGUUCACAUACCUGAGGACGUUACGGACAACAUAGUGGAUACGUUGAAGAUGAUUGAUAUUACCGAUAAUCCUCUAGUAUGCGAUUGCGAAUUAAGAUGGUUCGCGGCCUGGUUGAAAAAUCUUCGUGAUAAGGAUGACGAGAUGAUGUCCAAGAAGAGGACCGUCUGUACCAUGGUGAACGAACACAGAGAAUAUUCAGUUCAGAAUAUACCACUGGAAAGGAUGGGCUGCGUUGGGAAAAAUGCCGAAAGGACUUCGUCAGCAGGACAUGCUUCGUUCUGUACGCUGAGUCUUCAUUUUCUUGCGCUUUCUGGGACUGUCGCUCUCUUGUAAACUGCCAAAAGGCAAUCGAUGGACGAUGGAGCUUUUCAAUGCCCGUCCUGAGAUCUUUUCAGCAUCUUAGAUGAGUUCGAUCAGAAUGCAUCUUUAAUGCGUAUCGGAUGAUCAUGGUCGUUUAUGUAAAAAAAAAAGAAAAAAAAAUAACGAAAGAAAGUAAAGAUCAAGAAAGUCAAAGUUCUAUUUACACGCGAAAAUACAUGUGGAAAUAUAUUCCAUGUGCGAAUCGCAUUUUGUGCGAAAAUGAAAUUACGUUUAGAUACGUUUAGUUUCUAAUAACGAUUUCACGACUGAUAAUAAAAUCGAUCGGAAUGAAUAUUUUUAUUUUUUUUACGGUAUACUUUUGUACAAAAAUCGUCGAAUUUGUCUUUGACAAUCGAUAUGCCCCUUACGCGAGAUCAUACGACAUUUAGUUUCUCCCUUAUCAUUUGUUAUCUAUCGAGUGUAAUGUGUUUUCUUCUUUUUUAUCAUUUUUCUUUAUUAUUUGCCAUUUCUUUCCCAUCAAUAUUUAUUCACGGAUCUUCGAGAGAGACCUAUCGAUCCUUUAUACGGAUCAUCCUCGAUCAUCGAUCCAAUAUCUUUCAAUAAAAAGAAAAAUCGCGUUCUCCACGAUUUUUGGGAGGAUCGUCGCGACGCGGCCGAGCUUUGUUCACCAAACAAUACAUAUCAAAAGUGUUGCCAAGAAUUUUGAAAAUAUAUUUAUCAAUCUUUCUCGAAAGAGCGCAAGCUCGUCACGUGAAACGAUCGGAAUUUCGAAAUAAUCUAAAACCGUUCGUUUCACGUCAGAAGAUCAUACAGUAAUACAUAUCAGUUGAUUCCUAGAAAGGAACGUGAGAAUAAGAAAAAAAAUUUUGAAAAAAGGGUGAUCAAUUAGAUAUUAAAAAAUUUCAUACGAUAUUUCGCACGGCAGGUUUGUUCGAUUCUCGUGAAUGAUAAAUAAAAGUUUAAUCCAAAAAUUUGAUAAUGUAAAAUAUAUUAUUCACGUAUCCAGUCAGAUUUUUUUUUCCAAAAAUAUACACGUCGCCUUCUUCUAAUCACGCAAUUGAUCGCUCGACACUUUUUCUUGAGAAUCGCUUUAAUGAACUCUGCGCUUAUUCAGACUGCAAUGCCUGAAACGACGUAAUGACUUGUGAUGACUCCUAAUGUCCUCAACAGGAAGCCGACACUUGUCAAAGCCAAUCUGCUUCAUUGGUUGCUUUUGAGAUAGCUGAUAACAAGUGUUAACCUCCUAGCCUCCUUCGACGCAUUACGUGCGAGCGCUCAUACGUAGGAGCGAAGUAGUGCAAAGAUGCACUUGUACAAUGUCAAGAGCAAAAUUGCAGUGAUAUCACGUCAGAAGCACUAAAAAUGACUUUUCGUAAUCCAAAAAAAAAAAAAAAAAUUGGCACAUAAUUUCAUCACGUACCGAACAACCUGCCAUGCAGAACUGUAAAGAUUUAAUGACGUAA